AUGGCCGAAGCUUUCGGGAUUGCCGGCAGCGCCUUCGGAACGGUAUCUCUAGGACUUCAGCUAUUCACCGAGAUAUCUAAAUAUCUCAACAGCGUUGAAGGCCGGGAUGAAGAUCUUGAGCGCGCAAAGAACUAUGCCCGAGACUUUCAAUCAUCCUUAAUCGCGCUGGAAACCUGGGCUUCCAACACGAGAAUCAGUGAUGCCGACCUUGAAAGAGCGAUCAGCCAAGGACAGGCGAAUUGUGAGAUGGCCAUCAACGAUUUGUCGAAAACAAUUUCGGACUUGAAAGGCCAGGAUCCUAUCCCCGAUAGUCGCACUUCAAAGGCCCGGUUUCUUUAUGUCAAACUAAAAUAUCCAUUCAAAAAGCAAAACUUGGAGAACUUGGAGAAACAACUAUUCAAUACAAUAAGCAUCCUGCAGUUCGCCCUAGUUAUUUUGCAAGCAAGAAGCAUCCAUGUUACCCAAAUGUCCAUCCAAGAUAUACAUCAGAUGCUUGGCAAUAUACUCGCUCGACCUUCCGAGACCUAUCGAGCAAAUUGCAACAAUUCGCCGGUGCAUAUGGUUGAGAAUAUCGUCGAAACAGCUGUCGACAGCGCCGUUUGCUUACGAGAUCCAACGCCCAACACGCUGGAGUCCGGGAUUCAAUCAACAAGAUAUCAGAAUGGUAGUUUCUGGACGAUGAAUUCCUUCUGUUUCUGCCGCAAGAGUUAUAAACGGUGCGAACAGCGACAAUGGGGCCCUUUUAUCGUCGAAAAAGAAAUUAGCUUCACAGACUAUCAUUCACCUGGGUGCUCAUUUUCAACGCAGGAACCCAUAAAAGAACAAACAAAACGGACAUUGAAGUUUCCUAUCCCUUUUUCUCAACGUCAUUGGAGAAACAUCAGCCAAUUUUCGCUAUUCUUUACAGCAGGUACCGGCGGAAUGAGUCUUGGUCAACAUCUUACCUGGGUUACAACGGUUGACAGCCUCCAGUCCCCUUCCUUCAGGAUUGUAGAACUAGCGAUGAAUGUUGGACGUCUCUCUACAGAUAGUGACCGCGAGGUAUUCUUAUGGUCAUGUUCCAGGCGACUCAAGUCGUGUUUUGCCGACAAAAGCGCGUCAAUUACCGAUGUGGACAAAUUUGGUCGAUCGAUCGUCGAUUACGUCACAUACAGACAUUGUCUUUUCUCGUCGGGAGAACAGUGUUUUGUGGAUGAAGCUCUACAGGUCUUUUAUAUGAUGGCCCCUUUUAUCAAUCCCGCCACACAUCCAAAGUCAACAACAAGUUCACCAGUUCUAGCCCAGCUUUGCCAAAAUAUCAUAACUCCUAACUCCAAAAUAUCUGGCGAAAUGAUCAGUUCUCUUUUGUCCAGGUGUGGUGACUCUGCCGGUCAAGAUUGCAAGUCUCCAUUCCUUGAAAACAGUCUUCAGGAGCAGUUUCACUUAGUUAAAGACUUCCCGGAAAUAUCAAAUUACCUCGAAUUUGGUCAACUCAGUAGGCUCGUCCUCGUGGAGGAUCAAGACAGGGUCAUAGGCUUUCUGGAGCAGUAUCCGUCAUCUAUCAAUGAGAUCAAUCAUCUUGGUCAGACCCCUGUACACAUCGCGGUUCAGACUCAGAAUUCGACGAUCUUGAGAGUGCUUAUCAAUCAUGCAGACCGCAAGGUUCUGAACACCAAAGAUAACAACGGCCAUUACGCAAUUGACCAUGCGAUCGACGCAUUAUGUCAUGCUCUCAAGUCUAAAAAAGAGUCGGGACCUAACGUAUGCCACGGCUGCGAAGUCCUUAACUUACUACUCCACUCUGAAUCGGCGAUUUUUACAUGUACUGUCCGACGAGCUCUGCGAUUGCCGUGGCAUCACAACACCCAUAUGUGCAUAGAAGGCCAAAAGAAUAUUAUCCAGAGUCUAGCUUCACGCAGACAGGAGCUGAAAACACUCGCACAACGCAAGCUCACUCCACCAGAAAGACAGACUUUGAAAUUGUGUCAACCUGGUAUUCUAGAUCAGAACGCGGCUCAGACUCAGGAGUUCCUGGAGGCAAAUAAAUGCCAUAUACCGAUGCAUCUAAAAGUGUACGACGAUGAUGAGAAUCCGGAGGAUUCCGAAUCAAUCUACCUGCUUAUCUCCCAUGGCGACGUUGCUGAAUCUGCCCUGCAAAAUGGCUUCCUCAUGCCAAAAACUUUAUUUGAUGACGUUUUUCGCUUGGUACCUAAAUGGCUGGACUCUAUGAAUUCUGGCUAUCGGAGUCAGGACUUCUUGUUCUCAUCAUUUAUCUGUUGGCUGGUUGAUCAUGGGGGGGAACUUCACUCCACUGUCCCGACUCCGUGGGGCCGUACAACAGCAGCGCACUACUUCAUGGCCUACCUCGGCAACAGUCAAUGGUCUUUUCAGCUUGGACAUCGGGUGCCUCUGUCCCCAAAAGUCUCAAGCAUCAUUUUUGAGGAAGAUAACGUUGAUGAUUGCCGAUGCCGAUGUUCCCCGAAAGGAUGCACGCCUUUGACCAAAUUCCUAGCUGCCAUAAAUUGCUACCAAUACUGGGUCUUUACUUUGGGAAUUUCCGAAACCAUAAGUAUUGCGCUUAAGCACUUGGAAUAUAUGUGUGGUCUUCUACGCCAUAUUGGCUACGACCUAGCCACGGAACGUUGGUUUGACAGCGCGGCUGUACGCCACGCUACGUUUUUUAUUCUCGAUCUUCGCCAUACUUGUUGCUGCUUAGGUAAUGGCGGUGGCUCUUAUGCCACUUCUCCAUUGUCGAGAGCAGAUCGCCUCGAGAUUGAAGAGGAAGACAACUCGCGACUGGAGCUAUUUGAAAAGCUCAUCAUGGAUUUUGAAAGGGAGCGUGGUAACUAUGCUGACCUGUUAUCCUUUGCACGAGAGUAUUGGGCUCCUAAGAUGGAGGCUGCUUACCGAGAAAUCGAUUCAUACCUCCUGACAGAGACUCAAAUACAGUCAGCUGAGGCUGCUGGAGUUGUGUGGGAAUGUUAUGGUCCACACAUUCCAGUUGAUACGGAGGAAGAAGAGGAGAUAAGUGAACUGGAGAAAAUGCUUAGGAUGCUAGAUGAAAUUGCUACAGAUCCUGAAAGGCCAAGUCUUUUAUGA